AUGCUCUUGGAGCGGCCCUGGGGCCAGUUUAUUCGACAUCUCCAUUGGGGAUUUCAAGCCCAAAACAUCCCAGAUCUUGUGGGGCUACAAGACGCGAAUGGCGCAACAGAAGUUGAGCUGGUUGGCGAGUUAAAGCACCCUGGGCCGAUGACCAUGAGCUCCCAGCAGCCAUCGCCAGUCAAAGCAACAUUCGGUGCAAGAUCGCACAGCCGGAAUGUGAUAUACAGAAGCUGCAUUGUGAAUGUGGCUUCAUUGCGCUUUCAAACUAGGAAUAUGGUCGGCUCAGAUUAG